AUGUCUAUCGCCUCCGCGCCCUGUAGGUGCUGCAGACCACUGCUAUAUCGACUGUCCUCGGGUGGCAGUACAAGGCAAAUCGCGUCGACUGCGUGGAUAUCGGCAGAACAAUCCGAGGGAGGAUUUAAGCUUCCUGCGCGGGAUUGGUCGGUGAAGCCUUCUCAGCAGAGUAGGAAUGAUGCUGGACCAAAGAAGAAUCAAGGUCAGAACCAACGGCGGAACAACAGGGGACCAAAGGAAAGUAGAGAAUCGAAUACCGGUGGACCCAGUAAUCGUCGAUCCCCAUCUUCUGCCAAAGGUCAAGGUCAAGGUCAGCGCGAAGGAUUCUCAAAAUGGGGAGUAGCAAGGGAAGGACCUAGAAAUGGAGGUGGUGAUCUUAAUCUUGCCUCUGGGUUCGGUCUGAAAUCUGCAAAAGGAAAGGAUCAAAAUGGGAAUAGUAGCGGUAGUGGAAUUGGAGAUAUAAUCGACAAGACGCGGAAGUCGGAUCGUACACAGCGGGUGGCAACUGCUUUCUCAUCUAGGAGUAAUAGAGGUUCUUCGGCCUUUGGUGAUUUGUUAGGUUCAGGGGGACAAUCGAAAGAGAAGCAACAACAGCCGCAGUCCCCGCAAAAUAGUGAAGAUCAAUCAUCUAGCUCGGCCACCCCUGAAGAGCCCGUGUUAUUGGGCGAAGAAGGUGAAGGAGAAGAUGUAUUUGGAAGACGACAUAGUAAUAAUCACCAUAGGAAGAAUAGGAGGGAUUCAGGUGGAUCAUUAUUGUCUAGAUUAAGUGAAGAGGAAGAAGCGUCUUUACCUUCUAGACCACAUCAUAAUCCCAAACGAUCCCAUUCCCCUUCACAACCCAACACCAUCUCAGCACAGAGUCAAUCAAUGAGAAAACCGAAAAGUCCCAAACCCAAAGUAAUAGAAGAGGAGAAACAAGUUUAUAUCCCUCGUACGAUCAGUGUAGCCAACCUAGCCAAGAUCUUCGGGGUGAAAUUGUUCAACCUGCAAACUAGGAUGUCAAGGUUAGAUAUGACGGAGGAUCAACGUAGAUCGGACUACCUGUUGAAUGCGGAACAAGCUUGUGAUAUAGCUAUCGAAUAUGGAUUUGAUCCGGUAGUGGACGAUGAAGCUAGUUUUGAUGUCUAUCCAGAUCCUGACACUGCAGAUGGGAAAAUACACCCUCUCAGACCGCCUGUAGUUACUAUAAUGGGUCACGUAGAUCACGGUAAAACCACGCUCCUAGAUUCCCUUCGACAUACAUCCGUAGCUGCAGGUGAAGCAGGUGGAAUCACUCAGCAUAUCGGUGCCUUCUCCGUCCCACUUUCAUCCCUCCUUCCUUCAGGGAACAUCACCAAUUCGUCAUCUCCAUCAACUAUCACUUUCCUCGAUACGCCAGGACACGCAGCAUUCACAGCCAUGCGAGCUAGGGGAGCAUCCGUGACUGAUAUAGUAGUAUUGGUCGUAGCUGCCGACGACGGUGUUAUGCCCCAGACGAAAGAAGUAUUGGAAUUGGUGAAAAGUGAAGGUGAUAAAGUUGGAUUGGUGGUGGCGAUCAACAAAUGUGAUAAACCAGGCGUGGACUUUGAUAAAGUGAAAUCAGCAUUGGGAGCAGAAGGUAUUCACCUUGAGGAAGAUGGUGGUGAUGUACCGUCAGUCAAGGUUUCAGGUUUGGCUAAGAUUGGUCUGGACGACCUGGUAGAGACUUUAUCGACCCUUGCGGAAAUUAGGGAUCUGAGAGCUAGGAGGGAAGGUAAAGCCGAGGGAUACGUCCUGGAGUCAAGGGUAGAUCGAGGUAGAGGAAACGUCGCUACUGUUUUAGUCACUCGAGGAAUCUUAAAGACGGGAUCAUCGAUCGUAGCUGGACAAACAUGGUGUAGGGUUCGUCAGAUGCAGGACGACAAAGGAAAACCCAUCAAGGAGGCUUUACCGAGUACACCAGUAUCCAUAACAGGAUGGAAAGAUUUACCUUCAGCGGGAGAUGAAUUGCUAGAAGCUAUAAAGGGAGAAGACGAAGCUAAGAAAGCUAUCAAUAAUCGAAAACGUGAUGAAGAACGUAAGAGGUUGAUGGCGGAUGUUGAACAGAUAAAUCUGAAAAGGAAAGAGGAGAGAAUGAGAUUGGAAGCUGAAGCUGCAGCUUUAGAAGCAUUAGAAUCAGGUGAAGCCCCAACCGGCCAAGACCAGGUGAAGCCCAAAGAAGAGGAAAAGAAGUUUUUGAGAUUGGUCAUUAAAGCUGAUGUCAGUGGGACUGUUGAGGCUGUCGUGGGAUCAUUGGAACAUAUAGGUAAUAAGGAGGCUGGUGUGAAGGUCGUUCAUACGGGCGUAGGAGAGGUGUCUGAAUCUGAUAUCACCUUGGCAGAAGCUUCGGACGCCACGAUAGUAGGAUUCAACGUCCCUGCAUCACGUUCCAUUCAAACAAGUGCUAAAUCCCUUCAAGUCCCCUUACAUCUCGAAUCAGUUAUAUACCGUCUGAUCGAUACGGUCCGAUCAAAAGUUGCAGGAUUACUACCUCCCAAAAUUGAAUAUUCAGUUAAAGGAGAAGCUACUGUUCAACAGAUAUUUGAAAUUAACAUUAAACGUAAACAGACUAUCAAGAUUGCUGGAUGUAGAGUGAAUAACGGAAUUAUAAAUCGAUUAGAAGGUAUAAGAGUAUUGAGGGGACCGAAUAGGGAUGUAGUAUAUGAAGGAAAGAUUGAGACGUUGAAACAUCUGAAAAAGGAAGUCGGAGAAGUGAGAAAGGGGAUGGAAUGUGGGAUUCAACUCGAGGAGUUUGAUGAAAUUAGGGAAGGUGAUGAGAUUGUUGGAUUUACGAAAGUUGAAGUACCGAGGGAAUUGUAA